UGAGUAGAAAGGGUUAACAUGUCCAGAAUGAAACCCUGGCUUUCUCAUAUAGGCUUGUAUCUCAUAUUUUGCGCAAGCUUAACUAUACAGAUGGAAGUAACACCUUUUUUUUAAACAGUCAGCAGUCUGCACACGGUGCAGUUCCUCUAUUCCUAUUUCCCAUUUUACAGCCACAAUCACACUCUGAAGAAUUUCAGAUCAGAUCUGUAAGGACAUGUCAGCAAUGUGGGUUCUUGCUUUAGCUGGUCUCUUGCUUCACAGCUCCGUACACACAGCUCGCAGUGACAUAUCCAAUAAGAAUGGCACAGAGGGGAGUGACACACUUCUCUUCUGUGUAAAUGAUGGUAAAGUGGUGUGGAGUAAAGGUGUUGAUGGAGGGAGAAGGGACAUCCUCACUGCUGAACGUGGAGAAAUCAUCAUUAAACACAGUCCUGAUCCAGAUAACAGAUACGCUGUGUUAAGUGAUUUAUCACUCCAUAUAAAGAAUCUGUCUCUCUCAGACUCGGGGGUUUACUACUGUAACGCUGUUCCUGUGGUCAAUCUGACUGUCACUCCGUCACAGAGUAGCACCGGCGAGACAGAGAAAGGUUCCGCUGGAAAAGACUCAGGGACCAAAAGUGAUGAUGGUGAUGGUGAUGAUGAGAAAGAUGAUGAUGAUGAUGAUGGUGUAAAAGAUGUGUUCUCAGAGUGGAUCGUCGCUGCUGUAGUGGGUGUGAGCUGUGUGGUGCUGUUGCUUCUGUCAAUAUGGGGAUUUUUCACUAAAAGGAAAGCAGCUCAACAGAACCACACAGUACACACAGUACACAUGUGUGACUCCGUUAUCAACCUUCCAGCAGACCCACAACCUGGAUGUAGUGUUACACACAUCUAUGACGUUACUAACGAGCCUCCGGAAGCCCCACGGUGUGCUGAUCAGCAGAGAGAGUGCGAUGCUGUGUAUUUCCUGGCACAAAGUCCAGCGUCCAACGCUACAGGUGAUCAGGAGAGAGAGGGCGAGGCUGUAUAUUUCCUGGCAACACAUCCAACGUCCAACACUACAGAAGGGGACCAAGUUGGACCGCUUUACACCAUGGUCCAGAAGCCCAGAAAUAACACCUGAAGUUUGUCGUUAUAUGAUUAUUAAUAAUAAAUACAGCUGCAGCUCUAAUCUACUGUGUUUAGUUAUUAAUAAUUAGAUGCCGUAAUCGUGUUACGUUACAGUUUUUCUUUAAUGAAUUCAUCUUACACGUAAUCCCAUGUACGCAUUUCUGUGUACUUUUCUGUAUUAGCAAUAAAAGUUGCCACACACUGUU